AUGGGUUGCUGUGUGAGUACGCACAGAGAUCUAUCCUCAGCUUCAUCACCACCAAAACACCAGAAUUCUGUCGUCCUCAAGAACCAGGCGCCACCGAGAUCUAAUUCUUCUUCCUCUGCCAAAGUUUCAGAAAACAGAGCACCCCCUGAAGAGGAGACUGUCAAGGAAGUUCUCCCCGAAACCCACAAAUGGAGGCCCCAAAUUGCCAACUUGGAGCCUCAAAAGUCGCCUCAGAAACCUGAAUUCCACAAGUUUCCAGAAGUGAGCAGCAAGAUCAACAAGGUGCCCUCGCCCAUCAAAAAGGAAGAAGAGAUCUCUGAGGUUUCGGAGGCUUGCAGCUUGAGCGAGAGCAUGAUGUCGACCACUACAACAGCUGACAGGAAAGAAGACGACGACGAAAUCCGCCAAAGGGUCAGCUCGUCGCCGGCAAAAAUGCGGAAAAAUCGAUCCUUUUCCGGCGAUAGAAGGGAUAAGACGGUGGGCAAAUCACCGACCAGGAGGCCGGAGCAAUCCCCGGGUCGGAGGAAUAUCGGGUCGGCGAGGCAAACUCCAAGCAGAGACCAACUAGUUCGGAGUCAAACAAUGGGCAACAGAGGAAUGAGGGGCGAGCCUCGCUGGCGGGACGCAGGCGAGAACUCCUCUCGGAGAUCGAGGUCACCUGCCAUGCGUACAGACAACGGAGCCACUAGAUCCAUCGUGGGUCGGAGCCCAUCGAAGAGAAGACCAAAUCAGUCCCCUGCACGAGCCAGAACCCCCACACCAGAGAAUGGCGGCCGGAGAAAGGAACAUUCCGGAACAGAAGGCAAAUGGCCGUCUGCGUCGGCGAACGAAUCACUGGAAAACCCUCUUGUGUCACUGGAAUGCUUCAUAUUUCUCUGA